AUGCGGCAGUGUGAUUUGCUGCAGCCAUUGCCAAAGGUCUGGCUGGAAAACUUCACGGAGCAAAAAAUAAAGGAGAAGAAGGACUUUUGUGAAGAUCGCUCUGCCCUCCUGAGCAACAAAGUCAAGGAGGAGAUGGCAAAGGUGCAGGAAGACCCCAUGCUGUUCUCCGAUGACAUUUUUAUCAUUGAGCCAAUAGAGGGAGAGAUUGGGCCAUAUUGUUCAGCUGAAAUCAAGGUGACCUUUAAACCCCUAGAAGCACGGGAGUAUCGACGUGUGGCUUACUGUGACAUCUCAGGACGUGAGAGCAGGCUGCCCCUGAACCUCAGAGGAGAAGGCCAAGGACCCUUGCUUGAAUUCAGCUGUAAAACUCUGAACCUUGGGAAGAUUUUUUUCAGAACGACUCACAUCCAUGAGGUGGAACUGAUUAACAAAGGAGUUCUUGAUGCUCCCUUCACCUACAUCCCUUCAGCCACAAAAGUGGGCUGCUGCUUCCAGUUUGCACCCAAGGAGGGCAUCAUUGCACCGGGUAGGAUCCAGACUCUUCAGUUCUCCUUCAAUGCCAGCAUAGUAGGGUCGUUUUGGGAAGACUUCCAGUUCAGUGUGGCUGGAUCUCCUAAGCCUGUGAUCCUGUCAAUCAGGGGCUGUGUCAGUGGACCGACUUUACAGUUCGACACCAAAGCCAUGAACUUUGGUGACAUCUCCUUUGGCUUUCCCUACACCAAGACCUGUCGCCUCAUUAACAAUUCCGAGAUGCCCCUGACGUUCCAGCUCCGCAUGUCGGAGGAUGGCACGCAGCCUGCUGUGAGCUGCUUUGAUCAAAUAUGCAGCGACACUGACCCAUCCUGGAGGGAGGGAAUUCAUUUUGAUGCGGAGCCAAGGGAGUUUACAAUGAAUCCCAGCCGAGGGACCCUCCUCCCCCAGGAACACCAGGAUAUUGAGGUGACCCUGUGUUCCAAUACCGUGAUGGAAUUCAACCGGAAACUGCUGGUGGACGUGGAGGGGAUGGGCAAGGAACUGGCAUCACUGAUCAUCGAGGCCAGAUGUGUCGUUCCUGAGCUGGAAGUAAUACCCCAAAUCCUGUCGUUCGAUGAGUGCGACCUGAAGGUGCCAUAUGAGAAGAAGUUCUGCAUUAGGAAUACCACCGACCUUCCUGGCUGCUAUGGGCUUAUUCCCCAGAGACGCAAGGAGGACUCUCCUGUGUUCUACUCCAGCCCCAAACCCUGUGGGAUUGUCCUGCCUCGGAGCACUGCAGAGAUUCCUGUUCUAGUUGAAGUCCAAAAGCUGGGCAAGCACAGCGCCGAAGUUCUUAUCGGCGUGUUCGGGGAUGAAAGAAACCCACUGAGAACAACACUGUGUAGCCUUGGACGGCUGGCAAUCUACCCAAGUCCUAGGCGGAUAGAGUUUGGCAGGACCCAAGUGCUAAAGCCUAAAUCACAACAUUUUAGGCUCAUCAACGAAGGUCUCGUGGACACAGACUUCAGGCUGGAGAUUGUAAAGAAACCCCAUUGCUAUGUCAUUGAACCCAGAGAAGGAGUGAUCCCAGCUAGGGGUGAGGUUCCUGUGACUAUCACAGCAACCCUGGAUGACACUGGGUUUUUUGCUGAUGAUAUCCAGCUGUUCAUUCGGAACAGCCUUUGGACCACUUUCUUGGUUGAGGCUUCUGGCAUUGGCACCACAAUUGUCAUAGACAAACCAUUCGGCCCAGAGCUCAACUUGGGAUACCAAUUCAGCCUCCUUCCCUGUAUCCGUCGGUUCAAACUGACAAACGAGGGUGACCAUUCCCGUCGGCUCUUCUGGAGGGUGGAAUGGAAGAGCCCAGCUGAGGAGGAGGGCCAGAGCACGUCAGCCCUGAGUAGCCCCAAGGCCGAAGAUGAUUCCCGGAGCCCCAAACGUACCACCCCCGUGUUUGGGCUGGAGCCACGGUCGAUGGAGCUGCAGCCAGGCCAGUCUGUGGACGUGGUGCUGCAAGGCUUCUCCAACAUCCCGCAGGUGGUGCAGGAUUAUGUGAUCUGUGAAGCCGCCAUUGGGACAAGCAGCAUGACAAACAAGAUAAUAAAAACAAUCGUUACCUGCCAGUUUAUUGAUCCCUCUAUAGAAGUAUCAGCCAGACGAUUUUCUUUCCGGGUGGAGAAGAAGAAACCCAGUGAUGUUCUGACUCUGCAGUACAAGCCUUUGGCUAUAAAAAACACCUGCUGCCUGCCACUCGACCUUAUGCUGGACUUGGAGCAGCCGUUUCUGGUCUGCAAUGCUGACCAGCAGCCCCUCCCAGCUGGCCAGCCCGUGACAGUGGAUGUAGGGGAGACCUGUCAUCUCUGCAUCGCAUUUGACCCAGCUUAUAAAGUGGAUUUUAAGAGCUGGAAAGAAAAGAAGGUCUUGAAGAUAGAAAUGGUCAGGGGCCAUCCUUCUGUGGAGUAUAUCACCCUCCACGGAGAGGCCCACUUCCCACAUCUCCAAAUCCAGCCCAGCACCCUGAAGUUUGGCCGCAUCGUGGCUGGCACUAGAGAAGUGCGUUCUCUGGAGAUGAGCAACUGCAGCCCGCUGCCUGUCCAGUACCACUGGUCAUUCCAGGCAGACAGCCAGGUGAACAGGCUGAGAUAUGACCCUCACCCACCUGAAUUCAAACCCGAACCACCAAAGCUGACAUCGUUCUCUGUGGAUCACCCGGCAAGUCGAUGGAGACACUUCAAGAGUAGAAAUGUCACAGCCCUGGAAGAAUUGCAGAGUGAAUUGCAGAAUUUUGCCCAAUCUUCAGAAACAGAGGUGCCAACACAUGCCUGGGCGGAGUAUUGCACCCAACCAGGAGUCAGCUUACAUAUUCAUGUACCGUACACUCCCCUCGCAGUGGAGGAGGCUUUCAGUAUCCAGCCGCUGUCAGGUGUGCUGCAGCCGGGAGAGAGACAGGAGGUCUCCUUCACCUUCACUGGCCACCUCAACAUCAGCGCCCCUGUCACAGCGCUGUGCCACGUGGACGGAGGCCCCACCUACAGUGUGGAGGUGACCAGGAAGGCCAGAAGUGUCAGCUACUCCCUGAGUUGCCGGGAGAUCGACUGCGGCUUACAGAUGUUUAAUGAAAUUCAUCACAGCAAGGUCACCCUGAUGAACACCAGCAAGAUUAAAUUCAACUGGGAGCUAAAGCCUAGCACUGCAGACCAAGAUCUGCCUGGUGUGUUUCUGGUCAACCCCACCAUUGGCUCCAUUGCACCUGGCGAAGAGCAAGUGCUGAAAUUCUCUUACAUGCCAGGAUUACCAGGAGCCUUCAGCAAGACUUACGAGCUUAAAGUGGCUGACCUGGACCCAGAAAAUAUCUGUCUGAAAGGAAAAACAUCCCUUCCCAUGAUGAGAGUGAGCCUGCCCUGGAACAUCAAAGGAAAAGAAGAAUGUGAGAGGCCACCAGAACAGCUCAUAAAGCCCCUGCAACAACACAGUCAGAGGAAAGAAUCAGUUGUUGGGAAUAAGACUCAGAGCCCGAAGACUGAGACCUUGAAGUCUCAGACCCUGAAAACUCAGACCCCAAAGACUGAGACCCUGAAAAUACAGACCCCAGCGACUCAGAGCCCAAAGACUCAGAUUCUGAAGACUCAGAUUCCGAAGACUCAGAAGCAGAAGCUCCACUUGCUUGGCUCUGGCACUAUACCAAGCAUUCGGCUGCAGGUAAAGAUGGCAGAAAAGGCUGCUGUGGAGCUGCGGCGAAAGUGCAAAUGUGAUCCCCUGAAUAGCAAUCUCUCUGACCUGCAGCAGUGCCUGAGGCUUGACAACAUUGAGCUGCCUGAGUACAUCCUGGACAUGGGCUCUAUGCUUAAGGGUCGCACUAAGAGACGGACUGUGGCGAUCACCAACCCUGGGAAGAUGCUCCUGUCCUUCCAGAUGGAUGUAUCUGUCCUUCAGGGCACAGGUUUCAGCAUGGAUCGAUACCAGGUGGAGGACCUGCCUCCCAACUACACUGUGAAAUUUAAAGUGACAUUUAGAAGUGCCUGCUGCCCCCAGGGUGAUGUGGAUGUGCUGCUGCCCAUCAAGGUAGCAAAGGGCCCCAGGUAUACCAUCCACCUCCACGCCACUGUGUUGGAACUCUCCCUCAACAUCUCAAAGGACACACUGCAGUUCUCUGAUACCCUGGUUGGGCAGUGCCAGAUUGAGACAGUCCGGCUCUACAACUGGUUCCAAGUCCCCUGCCAAUGGUCCAUUACUGCCAUCAAUACUGCCUCUACUGUUGUGGAGAACAAUCAACGCAAAUGCACAGCACCAGCCCUACGUCGGAAGCGGCAGGCACUGAAGGAUAAGCCCUGUCCCUUUGAAGUGAGGCCCUCCAGAGGAACCCUUGCUGCAGGAAAGUGGCAGAACUUGCAAAUCCAGUUUACACCCAAGGAGGAGAGGUUUUACGAGAAUGAGCUGGAUAUUAGCAUUCAUAGGAGCUGCAAUCACUUAAAGCUGCACCUCUCAGGACAAGGUCUGGAGCCACUGUUGGAGUUCAGCCCCCCAGCACUAGAGAUGGGAUGGAUGCUGGUGGACAGCGAUGGGGUGGAGGCCACAGUGGUGGUGAAGAACCCAUCCAACUUCCCCAUUGAGUUUUACUCAUUGGAUUUUGAUGAGCAGUACCUGGAGGAGGAGAAGAUCCUGCGGAUGGCCAUGGGGUCUGAGUACCAACAGAACUUUUUAAUGCCUCCACGCGCCGUGGGCGGGACGCUGCCGCCAGAGGUGCUGGAGGACUAUGAAGCACAGAAGAGGCUGAAGGCUCAAUGGGCAGAGCUCAAGGGCAUGGCAGAGGCUGAGGCCACAGCUGAGGCUGAGGCCAAGGGCAAGCCAGCACCAGCUCAUCACAGCGCUGUCACAUUCUAUCCUGAGCCCAUGGGGGAAGCAACCAGGAAUCCCAUCUCUCGGGCUGUCAUGCGCCACCUGGGCAUUGACCCGUCUUCAGAGACGCGUGAAGCACAGCAGGACAGAGGGAUCGUUGUCAUUGUCCAUGGGCCACCCCUGGCAGGAAAGACAGAGAUAGCGGCGGCCCUGUGUCGCUAUUAUGACGCUGCUUGCCUGUCCAUUGACACCGUGGUGAAAGAGGCCAUCGCCAAUGAUGGGAGCCCAGCAGGGCUCCGUGCCCGGGAGCUUUGCACCAAGGCUGCCAAGGAGAAGGAGGCCAAAGAUGGUAAAAAGUCUCAGCUCAGUCCUCGGCCCAAGAGUAAAAAUACCUCAGCGGAAAAAAUCAACAAGAAGAGUUCCAAAGGCAAGAACACUCCAGUACAAAAGAAGAAGGAGACAGUCGAGUUCACAGUUUCCACUGCUCCUGCGCCGCAGCAGCUGAACAUCACCAGCAGUUGUGGGGAAGAGCUGAACUGCUUGAGCUGUGUGCUGCCCGAGGACCUGCUGGUGGACAUCGUCUGUGAGAGGCUGCAGCAUAAAGACUGCUACAAGGGAGUGGUCUUUGAUGGCUUGGAGAGCCUCUUUGCAAGAAGCCUGGACUCCUCCCUGCUCUGUGUACUCAAAGCUGUCAAGAAUCGUCAGCACAUCUUCACCGUGAAUGUGCAUCAGGAUUAUGCUACUUGGAAAGCCAAGGAGGAAGCUGAAAGAGAGAGGAAGAGGAAGAGGAAGGAAGCUCAAAGAGAGAAGAAAGAACUGGAGCGGAAAGAAGCUUUUCAGAGGAACCUAGAUCGUGUCUUGCGAAUGGAUGAGGAAGAGUAUGAUGCCCUCUCUAAGAAGGAGAAAGCUGCAGUGGACAAAAUAAUGCUGGAAAGGACGCGUAUAUUGUGGCAGAGGGAGAAGCAGCGGAGGGCUCAAAAGCUUGAGGAGAAGGCAAAAGCCUUAGAGGAGGAAGAGAGGCGGAAGAAGGAAAAGAAGGGUGCAAAACCAGAGAAGGGUGAAACCAAAGCCCCAGAGAAGAAGGAAACGAAAGCCCCUCAGAAGGGGGAACCCAAAGCCCCAAAGAAGGGGGAACCAAAAACCCCUGAGAAGCGGGAAUCCAAAGCCCCAAAGAAGGAGGAACCCAAAACCCCUGAGAAGCGGGAACCCAAAGCCCCAAAGAAGGAGGAACCCAAAACCCCUGAGAAGGGGGAACCCAAACCCCCAAAGAAAGGGGAACCCAAAACCCCUGACAAGUUGGAAUACAAAACCCCUGAGAAGGGGAAAAUGAAAGCCCCAAAGAAGGGGGAACCCAAAACCCCUAAAAAGGGGGAACCCAAAGCCCCAGAGAAGGAGGACCCCAAAACCCCUGAGAAUUUGGAAUCCAAAACCCCUGAGAAGGGGGAAAAGAAAGCUCCAAUGAAGGUGGAACGCAAAACCCCUGAGAAGGGGGAACCCAAAGCCCCAAAAAAGAAACCCAAAAGCCCUGAGAAGGGGAAAACCAAACCCCCAAAGAAGAGGAAACCUAAAACCAUUGAGAAGGGGGAACCCGAAACCUCUGAGGAGUGGGAAUCUGAAACCUCUGAGGAGUGGGAAUCCGAAACCUCUGAGGAGUGGGAAUCCGAAACCUCUGAGGAGUGGGAAUCCGAAAUCUCUGAGGAGUGGGAAUUCUUAACCUCUGAGGAGGAGGAACCUGAAACCCCUGAGAAGGGGGAACCCAAAGCCCCAAAGAAGGGGGAACCCAAAACCCCUGAGAAGCGGGAACCCAAAGCCCCAAAGAAGGGGGAACCCAAAACCCCUAAAAAGGGGGAACCCAAAGCCCCAAAGAAGGGGGAACCCAAAACCCCUAAAAAGGGGGAACCCAAAGCCCCAAAAAAGAAACCCAAAAGCCCUGAGAAGGGGGAAACCAAACCCCCAAAGAAGAGAAAACCUAAAACCAUUGAGAAGGGGGAAACCGAAACCUCUGAGGAGUGGGAAUUCUUAACCUCUGAGGAGUGGGAAUCCGAAACCUCUGAGGAGUGGGAAUUCUUAACCUCUGAGGAGUGGGAAUCCGAAACCUCUGAGGAGUGGGAAUUCUUAACCUCUGAGGAGGAGGAACCUGAAACCCCUGAGAAGGGGAAAACCAAACGCCCAAAAAAGAGGAAACCCAAAGACUCUCAGAAGGGGGAACCCAAAGCCCCAAAGAAGGGGGAACCCAAAGCCCCAAAGAAGGGGGAACUCAAAAGCCCUGAGAAGGGGGAACACAAAGCCCCAAAGAAGGGGGAACCCAAAGCCCCAAAGAAGGGGGAACUCAAAAGUCCUGAGAAGGGGGAACCCAAAGCCCCAAAGAAGGGGGAACCCAAAGCCCCAAAGAAGGGGGAACUCAAAAGCCCUGAGAAGGGGGAACCCAAAGCCCCAAAGAAGGGGGAACCCAAAGCCCCAAAGAAGGGGGAACUCAAAAGUCCUGAGAAGGGGGAACCCAAAGCCCCAAAGAAGGGGGAACCCAAAGCCCCAAAGAAGGGGGAACCCAAAGCCCCAAAGAAGGGGGAACCCAAAGCCCCUCAGAAAGGGGAAUCCAAAGCCCCUGAGAAGGGGGAUCCCAAACCCCCUGAAAAGUUGGAACCCAAAACCCCUGAGAAGGGGGAACCCAAAGCCCCAAAGAAGGGGGAACCCAAAGCCCCAAAGAAGGGGGAACUGAAAGCCCCUCAGAAAGGGGAAUCCAAAGCCCCAAAGAAGGGGGAACCCAAACCCCCUGAAAAGUUGGAACCCAAAACCCCUGAGAAGGGGGAACCCAAAGCCCUAAAGAAGGAGGAACCCAAAGCCCUAAAGAAGGAGGAACCCAAAGCCCCUGAGAAGAGGGUACCCAAAACCCCAAAGAAGGGGGAAUGCAAAACCCCUGAGAAGGGGGAACCCAAAGACGCUCAGAAGUUGGAACCCAAAACCCCUGAGAAGGGGGAAACCAAAGCCCCAAAGAAGGGCGAACCCCAAGCCCCAAAGAAGUUGGAAACCAAAACCCCUGAGAAGGGGGAACCCAAAGGCCCAAAGAAGGGAGAAACCAAAGCCCCAAAGAAGGGAGAAACCAAAGCCCCAGAUAAAGGGGAAAUGAAAGCCUCAGAGAAGGGUGAAACCAAAGCCCCAGAGCAAGAACAAACUGAAAUCCCCGUGGACGCAGCUGAGAUGGAGAAGAACUUGAUCUUGAGGUUUCAGAUCCAUGAGUCAUCACAGCAGAAUGUCGCACAGGUUUUCUCCUACUGGGACAGGGUUCGGGGUACCAUGGAGUUACCUGUGAUCGAAAAGGGAAUCAAGAAACAGCUUUCAGCUGAAAGCAAAACUCAGAAGACGAGUAAGGCUCAGGCAAAGGUGGAGAAGCCUGCACAAAAACGUGGACGCUCAAGGAGUCUUCUGUCACCUCAGCUGGAGACGAAAAGCAAAGUUGCAGAGGGGACAGUCAGAGAUGAGCAUGUCGGGGUGCCGUGCCUGGACAUCCAGGUCACAAAUCCAAAGGCCAUGUUUAUGGAGAUCCUGAGCAGUGGGAGGCUGCCAACGUUUGAAGAGAUGCUGAGACAUCUGGGACUGCAUCCCGAAGGGCCUCCCCUUCCCCCUGCUGUCGUCUUCUCCGUAGUCCCCUACCCAGAGGAGCGGCUGCGCUCUGCAGAGCGCGUGAAGCUCUUCACCAUUGACGCACCAGAAGGUGCUGCUGUGGAGGACAAUCUGGCCAAGGCCCCAGAUGGGAAGGGCAGUUCUGCCAAGGGCCAACCAAAGAUGGGUCAAGUGACCAGCAGAGACAACUCUCCAAAGGAGAACCAGAUCUCCACACAGAGAACAGAAAGUCCCUGGGACUCAUCCACAACAAGACCCAAAAGUAUGCUGGAAAGUGCCUUGAUCCCCACAGAAUUCCUCAGGCUGAAACGGUACCGGUGGAUAGUGCCUGCCCACGGUGAGGUGGAACUGAAGGUCCACUUCUUCACGGAAAUGCCGGGGAACUUUGAGCAGACACUGAGGUUUGAGCUCGUGGAGACAAAGCGCCAGUACGAGCUGCCCUGCAGUGCCACUGGCCUGUACCCCAGCAUCAGCCAGGACCCACGGCUGGUGUUUCCACAGUGGAGGAAGACCAUGAAAAAAGAUGAAAUCAUCUUCAAGAAAUAUGUUGAGAGCACCAAGCAAUUCCACUUUGGACCGCUGCUGUGUGGGAAAUCAAGAGAGUGGUACCAGGCCCAGAACUGUCCUGGCAACUCGGAGGGUAUAAACAUCCUCAACGACUCCCCCGUGGAUGUAGAGGUCCAGUUCUCCUUUGAGAAUGAUGAUAAAGGAGAGACGUUCCUUUUGGACCCUCCCAGCAUGACACUGAAACCAAACGAGAAGCAGGCGCUGACCAUUUGGGCAUACCCCACUUCCCCUGGCUUCCUGGAAGACAGACUCAUCUGCUGCAUUGAGAAGAACCCAGAGCCAGUGGUCUUCAGCCUGUGCUGCUAUGGAGUCCAUCCGCAGCUGGAUGUCAGCCCCCUGGAGCUGUCUUUCAAUAAGCGGCUUCUGCACAGGCGUGACAGCAGGACCUUGGUCCUGAAAAACGACACCCUACUGCCCAUGGCCUGGCAGCUCAGUGGGCUGGAUGACCUUGUUGAGGACUUCUCCUUGUCACAAGAUCAGGGCACCAUUGAUGCCCUCUCAGAGUUUGAAGUGACACUGAAUUUCAGUGCCGGGCAGGUUGGCAGCAUUGAGAAGACCCUGCGGCUAGAGGUUACAGAUACAGAAAACAUCCUGGGGAUUGUUCAGGCUGAAAACAUCAAAGUCUCUGCAGAGGUCUAUGAUGUUCUUGUGAGCAUCGACAUGCCUGAAGGUCCAGAUGGAAAUUUGGAAUUUGGAACCAUUAAUGUCCUGGAUAAGGUGAAGAAAGUCAUGAGUCUAAAGAAUAAAGGGGUAUACGACCUUGAAUACAGGUUCAUGCUGAAGGGUGCAGGUCGCAGUAUGAAAGACUUGGCAUCCCACUUCACUGUUGAGCCUCAAUCGGGCACGCUGCUUACCUCCCAGCCUGACGUGAAUAUCGAGAUGCUCUUCCACCCCACAAGGGAAAUCCUCCUCAAGAACAAACCCAUCCUGUACUGCCGGGUGAUGGAUGCCAACUCACAGGAAGGAGUCCAGACUGUCACUGACAUCCCAGUGAGGGUAUCAGCAAAAGCUGUGUACAGCAAGUACAGCAUUGAGCCUGCCUCACCCAUCAACUUUGGUGCCAUGCUCAAGGGCACCAAGAAGACCCAGACUGUUGUGCUGGAGAACAAAGGCAUGCUCCAUUUCAACUUCCACAUCCGCCAAGCCCCCAAGGAUGCAUCUGCCUUGGAAAGCCAAAGUUCAAAGCAAGGGGAAUCUGCUCCGUUGGCUACAAAGCAGUCAAUGAGAAGGAAAUCAAGCUCCUCGACACAGGGUUCCCUCAAUCUCGGCAUGUUCACGGUGUCCCCUUGCUGCGGCUCCAUCGGUCCGUGGGGCCAGCAGAAGAUCACAGUGGAAUGCCUCGCAGGGCAGGAGGGGACAUGUGAGGAGCAGCUCUACAUUGACAUCACGGGCAGAGACCCCAAGGACAAUCCCCUCGGCAUUCCCUUUACCCUGACUGCCGAGUCCUGCCUCCCAGCAAUCGUUGAGGAUGUCACAUCAAUCUUUGAGGACUACCCAAUCUGCAGCAGCGCCGACCUCAGCAACACACUGCAGUCAGUGAAAGGUGCAGGCCUGUUCAUCAGAGAUGAGAACAAAUUCAUCUUCUGCAAGGUUCUGGCUGGGCAAAAGGCUGAAGCGCAUUUCAAAAUCUACAGUGCAAGCGGUCUGCCAUGUGAUGUGGUCCUCUCCAUCCAAGCCCUGCCUGGAAAGGAAAAAAGCCCUAUCAACAACUUUUUCAACUUGUAUCCAGUCAAGAUGUCCAUUCCUGGCUCAUCCUAUGCUGUUGCUACGGUGAUCUUCACCCCACCAGAUGAGCAGACCUAUGAAUGCACUUUCAAGGCUUCCCUUGUCAUCCCAAAAAGCUCUGUGAAAAUUAGACCCCAAGUCCUGACCUUCACCAUCAGUGGGAAGGGGCACGAGCCGCAGGUGACAGUCGUGUGCCCAAGUGCUCGCAGCAGCAGGGGAAACGCCGUGCUGCGCUUCAAGAGGCUCCAGCUGGGGGACUCAGAGAUGCUCCCCCUGGUCGUGUGUAACAACGGCGUCGUCCCUGUCAAGUUUAUGUUACACCUGGAGGAUGAGCAUGGAGCGUUCCUCUUGAAAGGCAGGCGCUCCACACUAAAGAGAUUCUACACUGAAGAUGUGGAAGAGGACUCCGUUAGAAAUGAGAAGAAGCCCCCAAAGCCUUUCCUGCUUCUGGAUCACGGGCAAUCAACAGAGUUUGAUGUCAUUUUCAAACCCACCCUGGCUCAACAUCUGGAAGGGAAGAUUCGUGCCUUAGUGGGGGACACCUACUCUAACAAGACCUUAAUAGAGCUGGUGGGUGAAGGCCACAAGGAUGAAUUCACCCUGGGUGGACUAGAUGAGGAGGACAGGAAUGCUGAAAGCAGCCUGAAGAAAGACAUCAUUGAUGCCGUCAGAGUGAAUGAGAUCCAGUUUGGGGCCUCUCCUGUUGGGAAGCUCCGCAGCAGGACCUUCACCAUCACCAACCACACCCAAAGGAAGGUCAUGCGCUUUGAGUGGGAGGCAAACGCCCCAUUCCAGUUCUCCCCCAAGGUGGGACAUCUCUAUCCUGGCAGUGCCAAAUCCAUCACAGUGACCAUGAAAUCAGAUGUCCCAGCCACCUUCCGGAGGCACCUUGUGAAAUGUAAGGUGACCAAGAUCAACUUUGAGCUGCCACAAGGGAAGGUUCAGGACUGGGAUGACAAAAUGUGCAUUGUCACAUGGAAGGUUUCCACCAGGAAAGACCCAGCAGCCCACAGGCCUGAAUUUUUUCAGAAGGUGGUGGAGCCGGUCCCGGAACCGGCUCACACCGUGGUGGAGGACAGCAGCCGGGAGGCCAAGGUGUACCUCAGUGCUGUUAUUGCCUACACCGAGUUCGAACUGAGCACAAUUGUGGUUCAGCUCAAGGACAUCCUGCCCUUCCAGACAAGCACAGCCACUUUCAGGAUGCACAACACAGGGCAGGUACCCCUGGAAUACUCCUGGGAGAAAGCUGCAGAUAGUGAAGCAGUGAAGAAGCCAUACUCAACCGCUCUGAUGUGUCGGUUCCUCUCCUCUGCUACUGUAAGGCAUCGCAACGAGCUGCUGCGUCGUUUCUGGUGGGAGCAGGAUCAUCCUUCUGAGCUGCAGCGGCUGCAGCAGCUUGCCAAGCAGCAGCAGCAGCAGGAUUCCCAGCAGCAGCAGGAUUCCAAACAGCAGCAGCCUUCUGAAUGGCAGCGGCUUUAUGAGAAGGAGCCUUCUAUGGAGGAAACACUUUAUGAGGACGACUUUCCUGAGGAAAUACAGCGUAUUGUGGCAGAGGUGCUUUCUGAGAAGCAGCCUUUAGAGAAGAAGCUUAGUGAGGAGCAGCUUUCUGAGGAGCAGCUUAGUGAGAACCAGCUUUCUGAGGAGGAGCAGCUGUAUUCCAAGCAGAAGAAGUGUUCCAAGGAGCAUUCCAAGAAGCAUUCCAAGUGGCACCGCUCCAAGGAACGACACCUCUCUCAGCAGCAGUGGCAGGAACAGCCCAAGCAGCAGGACCAUUCCAAGAAGCCACGCCACUUGAAGGAAAAGCAGCUCUCCCUGCAGCGUGUCAGUUCCUCCCUGGAAAUCUUCCCACAUGUCCUCCAUGAUCUGUUCUUCAUCAAACCCUACCUAGGCAUCAUCGCUCCUGGCCAGACGCAGACCUUUGAGGUGCUGUUCUCCCCGAAGUGCGCGGGGAAGUUCAUGAGCACCCUGCUGUGCAGGAUUCCUAACCUGAAGCCAACUCAGAAGAAGGUGCAGGUGAUUGUGAAAGGCACAGCCCAGGAGCAGAAGAGUCUUGGUAAACCGAAACACUCUGGGUUACAGCAGACACAGAAAGACCAGAGACCCAAGAAGCAAGUGCACUGGAAACAAACAUCUAAGUGACAGCGUUUGUGGCAGCUGGAGCAUCCGGCAGGAGCCACCAACAUUGUGUCUUCUGCUGCUGAUGGUCUCCAUUAAUAGUUAACUAAUUGUUAAUUGUUAUUAAACAGUUGGCAAUACAUUGUUAAUUGUCAGCUUGUCUUGGUUGGAAAGACAGGUGUCUGGGGGACCUUUCUGGAAUGGAGAAUGUGACCCCCUUCUCUCCAAAUUAUUACAACUAUGAAAUUAAGGGGCUUUCAGGCAAAGAUGGGGGAAAAGGAGUAACAGUUCUUUACUAGUAUGCAGAACAAGGCAAACAAACAACACUGGCAGCAACAACAAACAGAACCAGAUACCUAACCACAGCCUUCUCUCAGCUGCAGGCACUUUGCCUUUGGUGUUGUUCCAAUCACAGCUGGGCAGGGAAGGGAGGCAAAUAAUGAAUAAAUCAAUUGCUAGAUAAAUUCUAAUUAAGUUACACCAAGGAAUACACUGGAGAACUCAAGCACUGUGUGAUCACUUCUUAAGAACUUACUGCUGUGAGGCAGUCUAUACAGUAGGCAAAUUGUGACUGAACAAUGAUCCAUUUGUUAAAAGAUAGAUAAGAAAGUGAUGAGAAAACGCCCUAGUUAGGGAAGAGCCCUAGCCCUUAGGCCCUUUCAAAAUAUGCAAAUGGAUUACACUGAGUUCCCCAAAACAGAAGGAAAUAUCUUCUUGUAAUAGCUGAUUACCUCACCCAUGGGGUAGAAGCCCUUCCUAGCCCAACUCUAACUACUUCCAAAGUGGCUAAGAAGCUUAUAGCAUCGUGCUUUUUAGGAGUGGAGCUGAAGCCUAGACUCCAAUAAGCCUCUCUGGUGGGAAAGACCGCUUGGGAAAACUCAGGCAAAGCAGUAAAGCUCACAUAUCCACACACGCUGCCUGAUUUUGUAGCGUUGCAUGCCUAGUAAUCUCAGUGUCACUAAGCAGGUCCCUGAGUACAGAGGAGGUAGUGUUUGCCUGCUUACUAAGCCAGCAUCCAGGUGACAAAGCUCACCGAGAGCCUUAGCUGUGGCCACCCAAGGUAAAGUCAGUGAGAUCACGACUCUGUCCUUUAUUCCAAGUAUAAACUUGGCUAUCACAAUUUUCAUCAAACUUAGUGUAUGAUCUCUUUUGGCGUUCCAAUUUCCUUUUCUGUUUCCAUUCUGAAGUAAGGUUAUGUUGGGGGUGAGGACAGUAAGCUGGCCAAGGCUACAGGGACCUCUUUGAAGGCGUGAGGCGAUUCCAGCCCAUACUUGGUUUCCACAGAUAAGGAACACUCCCCAAGGCAACACUUUGGGAUGGAGUAUAGACAAGGAAAGUUUAAGACUGGUGUAACUGCACCAAUUUAGGGGGGAUAGUUUUUAUCAAAUGGGGUUACAUCCUUUCUAUGGGCAGACCUAAUAAAGUCAAGACAGGUCAAGAUUUCGUUGGGAGGUUGAUACUGAAACUGAAUGCAGUAAUGAGCCUUGGAAAACCCUUAACAGCUCCAAUUCUUGGGGUUUCUCUGGUGCUUGGGCUAAGGUCCAUGUCCACUCAUCCCAAACCUCUACCAGACUGGGUUUCUUAUCUGCAUAUGGGUAUUCAUUGGCUGCUAAGGGGACCUCUACAAGGCACGUUGACAGGCGGUUGUCCAUGCUGCCCAUGGACAGGCACAGGUUUGUUGGGAAGAAUGAAACAGAAAAACCUUUUAAAUAUGGCUGCUUAGAUUUUGGGAAUAUGAAACCUACAAGUGAGAUAGAAAUGAAGGCAAGUUUUGAAGUGUAGGAUACCAAGCCCUCAGCUAGUGAACAAUGGUAUGGCUAGCUGGGGGCAAUCUACCUUGAUUAAACAAGACCCUCUUGCUUGCCAAAGGUGGAAUGCUAAUCCUAUAGGCUGUAUGUAAAUGCUGUAAGAUCUGUAUCUUGCACUGGAUUGGCUAGUGUAAAUCAGAAUAUUCAACACAGAAGGAGAUUUAUUGUACUGCAACAAGAACUUGCUCUCUCUUUUCCUUGCCUGCUUCUACCUGUGCCUAGCAGCUCCAAGCAGUGUCCCUGCACCCACAAUAAACCACGUGUUCACAGAGAUGCUUUGUUUCCAGAGGUAUCUCGUCUACGUCGCAGCUCUCUGUGGAUCUCCUACAUAGGUUAUCUUGUUGUAAAGUCUUGGCUAGUGUGACCCAGAUGUUCUGGUUGGCCUGAGGAACAAUCCAUGCAUUAGCUGAUGGAAGGGUGAGGAGCAUCCAAAGUCCUACUUGGAGAAGAUAGGGACUCCCUGCCGCAGGAGACAUGGCAGGAUUCUUGUAGAUGAUGAGUUGAUCUGUGAGUUUGAAAAAAUGAAAUUUUAGACUUAUAUAAUCUUAACAGCCCCUCGUACCUUCCAUCCUAACCACUCAGUAUGUACUGUGUAGAAAGGGUAUGGGAAAAUAAGAGGGGAUAGCAGUGCAGCAGCCAACAGAGAGGUAGCAGUAAGAUUAACAAAAAAAAGUAACAGUGCAACACUAUUCGGGGAUGAAGUUCAUCAGAGAAUUUUACAGUCUCUUGAGGUACUGGAGGGUUGUCUUUUUCUGCAGCGAACAUCUGUGUUUAUAUUCCUUUUCCUUCUUCUACUCCACGCCUCCCGGGCUUGAUCUCCUUUCUGUCUCUGAGGUUGCGGAGAAGUGUCUGUGGGUGCAACCUUUAGCGGUUCAAUGUAUGGCUUGACUUUGCUGCCUGGAAUCCACCUUGGCCCAGAGUCUGUGGACACGCAAGCAUAUCCUCUCCAAGUUAUUAAUUGGAAUGGACCCAUUAUCUGCUUGGAUUCGGGAUCUUUGAUCAGCACAGGGGGUUUCUCUGAGAGCUGAGCUCUGCUUGUGUUGAAGAAGUGCCUGAGGGGGGGGGGGUUGGCUCCGUGAAUUAAUUAUUAAGAAAAUUGAUAACAUAAAGAGCCUUGCAUAAUUUUUCUACAUUUCAUAGCAUUUCAACGCCCCCAUGCUGCUGAUCAAGGACUCUCUUGAGAGUGUGGUGAGCCCUGUUGAGGAGUGGGGUAUUCCUGUGUCAUGUUUCACCCCUGAAUGACUUAGGAACUGUUUGAAAAUUUUUGAGCCAUAAGCAGGACCAUUAGCUGGGCUUGGGGAACACCUAGGGUGGAAAAUGCCUGGAGGAAGUGUCGGAUGACAUCUUUUGUCUUUUCUCCUGAGUGUGCUGAUGCAAAUAUAGCCCCAGAAAAUGUAUCUAUGGACAUGCGAAUGUAUAUCAGUCUCCCAAAGGGUGCAUAAUGUGUGACAUCUGUCUGCCACAACUGUGAACUCUCGAGGCCACGACGGUUAACCCCAGCCCCCAUGGAUGGCAAGGCACAAUCCUGGCAGUUGGGACAGGAACCCACUAUUGCUCUUACCUGUUCUCUAGUGAUUUUGAAUAUCCAGACUAGGGCUGGUACAUUUUGAUAAAGGAACUGAUGACUCAGUUUAGCCUGAUUAAAGAUAUCUGGUAGGGUAACUCAUACUGCCAUAGCUAAAGCGUUAGCUCUCCAGCUGCCUUCUGUAAUGGGUCCGGAGAGGUCAGUGUGUGACGGACAUUAUCACAUGCAUAAUGUGAUAUGGUUGCUCCUGGUGGGAGAGGAGGAAUACUAGCUUUGAGAGCAAGCUGUAUAAAGCUAGAUUUGCCACUUCCUUUAAUAGGGAAUGUUCUGCCCUCUCAACUAUCCUGGAAACAUAGUCCAAAUCAGUAACUAUAUCUAGAGGUUGUUUGAACUUUUCAAAGGCUCUGACAACAGCUGUGUGAAAAAUGUAGAAUGUUAAUUCAUGUUCUUAUAGUUACUGAAAUUUAUUGAAAACUAUAAAACUGUAUAUAUAUGUGUGUGUUGUAUGAAAAUGUAAGUUUCAGGACACCUUGUAACAUUUUGUUAAACCAAAUUAUGAAAAGGCAGGCACCACCCCAGAAGCUCACAUUCAGAAAUAGACAAAAGGUUUAUGGAAAACCGGCUGUCUGCUCGAGCACUGGGAGGAGACCCAUCAAGAUAAGGCGGCAGGACCAUCAACAGCACCAGACUACACCCUCACCGAACAUCAAGCAUCAUCAUCCAUAUCUUGGACCAUUAAUCAGCCAUGAGGAUCUAUAGAAACUGGACAUUAACAUAUGAACUGAGAGAAAGAAUUCUUUUCAGCCUAGCCGGAGACACCCUUGGAUUUGAAUAGCUAGCUAGGACACAAAGGGGAAAAUGAGGAAAUAUUGCCAAGGGCAGAAUAAAAUGUAUAAAAACUAAGCCCCAAAGCGGGCAAAUUUGUGAACCUAGGGGGAGACAGCAGACAGCCAGGUUCUGUGUCUCAAGGUUCACCCUUGGCAUUUUCCCAGGAAAAAGACUGUCAAGUAUCUCCGCUGUUGGUGGGUUUACCAAAAUUCUGUAAUUCGA